AGACUAUUGGCCCUGAUGGUACUCAAACUCACGGACCUAACGCUGUUAUCAGUAUGGUAGACUGGGUGAUAGAAAGGGACCAUGCGGAGGGACCAACAAUUUCACUACAUGCCGAUAAUUGCCCAGGACAGAAUAAAAACUACUAUAUGCUGGGAUAUUUAAUGUGGCGUAUUCUGUCUGGGCGUCAGGAGAAGAUAGAAUAUAUGAUGCAGAUACCUGGUCAUGCUCGUUGCCAUGUUGAUGCUGGCUUUGCCCGCAUAAAACAACUUUACCGCAGGACAGACACGGAUGCUCUUGGCCAACUUACGGAAGUUGUAAAUCAAGCAUCAUCUACAAGCCAGUGUAUCCGUUACCCUACUUUGACAUGGCGAGACUGGAAAGGAUUUCUGAAAACGUACUUCAAACCGCUACAAGGCAUCAGAAAGUAUCAAUAUUUUUGUAUGAGCCGAGAUCAUCCUGGAAUGGUGGUGGUUAAAGAGAGCUGCGAUAAAGCCGAGGAGACGUUCUCCAUCAUGAAAUCAAACAACUUUCAGUUUGAACGGGGACACUUGCCACAAGUACUGCAACCAGGUGGAAUGUCUGCUGCACGACGCAGAUAUCUUUACAGCACAGUUCGGCCCUAUGUGCGACCUAUAUUUCAAGAUGAAACAUGUCCAGGAGAGCCUUAGACAAGUUUUAAUUAGAACACUCAUGUUACCAUGGCAACGGAUAGAAAAGACAUUAUCCGACUCCUGUUAUAAUGAUUUUUUAUGUUAUUAUCUAAUGGUUUCUAUAAACAAGUAUAAUGAAUAUAUUACAAACUACAUGUAUACCUAGUUGUACUUGUUUCAAUUGCUUAUAAGUUUCAUAUGAGGUAUAUUGAAAGAUUUAUUUCUACAUGGUUAUGUACAUGACAGUGCCUUAUCGCAAAAGGCUGUAUCUCGGGUAACUUUUGAGAUAAUUUCAAAAUUUCUUUUGCAUUCUACAGGAAAAUGAUGAUACUUGAAUAAUUGCCCAUAACCUCAAAUUCGAUAUUUUGGUCAUAAUUGCAGGUUUUUCUGGAGAACGGCUCAUA